AUGUCACCUCUGGAUCAGUAUCUUGGCAUGGGCUGGAAGGUUGACUUCUUCCAGGAAGCUUUCCCUAAUUUGCAUGGGUUUCCAGUAAGCUGCAGACAAGCACCUGGAGGAGAUGAUAUCGCUCACAGACAUCUCCCUGCCCUCCUAAUUAACUUGCUGAACAUCACCAACAAGGAUAGCUCUUCCAUUCCAUUCCCACUGCUCAUCUCCACCCCCAAUAGGAGUUGCCUUCAUGAGGCCCUAAUAAACACAGACAAUGCAGCCAGUAAAAACGUCAAGUACAGAGGCACAAAGAAAGGAACCAUAUUUUUGCACCCUACAUCCAAAACAGUGCCUUGUAACUGGAACUGGAUAUUUUUCUUUGAAAAACCAACAAAGGCCGGCUGGCGUGGGGCGGGAGCUGCCUUCUGCUCGUGCGCAGUCUUCUCCGGCCCUUCCUUCUCCCUCCGCGCCGCCAACAUAGUGAUCAAGCGCUAUGUGGAAAUCGGUCGGGUGGCCUACAUUUCCUUCGGGCCCCACAAAGGCAAGCUGGUAGCCAUCGUGGAUGUAAUCGAUCAGAACAGGGCUUUGGUGGAUGGCCCAUGCAGUGGGGUGCUGAGGCAGGCCAUGACAUUUAAAUGUAUGCAGCUCAUAGUCGUUCUCAAGUUCCCCCACAGUGCUCGUCAGAAGUAUGUUCGGGCUGCCUGGGAGAAAGAAAACAUCAAUACAAAAUGGAAAGCCACAAGAUGGGCCAAGAAAAUUGAAGCCAGAGAAAGGAAAGCCAAGAUGACAGACUUUGAUCGUUAUAAGGUCAUGAAGGCCAAGAAGAUGAGAAACAGGAUCACCAAGCACGAAGUGCAGAAGCUGCAGAAGGUGGCCGCCCAGAAGGGCUCUCCCAAGAAGGCUGCCCAGAAGGCCCUGGCCUCGAAGUUCUCUGCCAAGAAGAUCCCCGCGAAGAAGGCCGAGGGGCAGAAGGCCGAUCCCCGGCCAGAAGGGCCAGAACUGGCCCGUGGCCAGAAGGCCCCAGCCAAGAAGGGAGCUGCUCAGAAAGCACCAGCUCAGAAGGCUCCGGCCCAGAAAGCCCUGCUCCCAAGGCCAAAAAAUAAGGGGCUGCCAGAAAUCAAAUAAAGGUUUUGCUAUUAAAAAAAAAAAAAGAAAA